UUCCGGCAACUUUUCCUCCGCGUCUCCCAAACAUGGUGGAUGUCGAGGAGGAUCGGAGCUUGCUGCCGGCUGAGACCGGUGAUGAGGACUUCGUGUCCGGCGGGGAAGCAAGCGGACGAACUGGCACACGGCUGCCCGCCAUCUGCGAUCCGACGCAUGGUUUACAUCGCUUAGUUAUCCUGAUUUUCAUGUGUUUCCUCGGAUUCGGAAGCUAUUUUUGUUAUGACAACCCAGCUGCCCUUCAGACUAAAGUUCUCCAGGAUUUGAACUUGAACACAGCCAAGUUCAUGCAGUUCUAUGCCUGGUACUCAUGGCCCAAUGUUGUCCUCUGCUUUUUUGGAGGAUUCCUCAUCGAUAGAGUCUUUGGCAUCAGACUGGGGACCAUCAUUUUUUCCCUGUUUGUUUGUGGUGGACAGGUCAUAUUUGCUACUGGAGCUUUGGUAAAUCGUAUUUGGUUGAUGGAACUUGGACGUUUUGUAUUUGGAAUUGGAGGGGAGUCCUUGGCUGUGGCUCAGAACACGUAUGCAGUCAACUGGUUUAAAGGAAAGGAGCUCAAUCUAGUGUUUGGUCUUCAGCUAAGCAUGGCGCGCCUGGGCAGCACAGUAAACAUGAACAUUAUGGACUGGGUUUACAGCAAAGUGUCUCUCCUGGUCGGUGCCCCAGGUCACGUUACGCUAGGCUGCUCGCUCAUGUUAGCUGCUGCAACCUGCAUAUUCUCCCUAAUCUGCGCAGUGGUGCUGGCAUUAUUCGACAAAAGAGCAGAGAAAAUCCUUAAGAAGGAGCAGGGAAAAACAGGCGAGGUAAUUCAACUGACUGAUGUGAAAGACUUCCCCUUCCCCCUGUGGAUCAUCUUCAUCAUUUGCGUGAGCUACUAUGUGGCCAUCUUCCCUUUUAUUGGACUGGGACAGGUCUUUUUCAUCGAGAAGUUCGACUUUUCCCCUGCCGAAGCGAGAGCUGUCAACAGCAUCGUUUACAUUAUCUCAGCACCAGCAUCUCCCAUUUUGGGCUUUGUGGUGGACAAGACUGGGAGGAAUGUGAUUUGGGUGAUGUGCGCCGUGUGUACUACUCUUGCCUCUCACAUGAUGCUGGCUUUCACCUUCUGGAACCCGUGGAUUGGCAUGUCUCUGCUGGGGGUAUCCUACUCACUACUGGCAUGCGCACUGUGGCCCAUGGUUGCUUUUGUGGUACCUGAGCACCAGCUGGGAACAGCCUAUGGCUUCAUGCAAUCCAUCCAGAAUUUGGGACUUGCACUCAUCGCCAUGGCAGCAGGAGCCAUCCUCGACACUAAAGGAUACCUCUUUCUGGAAGUCUUUUUUUGUUCCUGCAUCUGCAUUGCAUUGAUGGCAGUGGUUAUGCUUUACUUGGUCGACUAUCUAAGAGGAGGGGAUUUGAACCGGUCAGCUGCAGCCAGAGCCAAACUCUUGAAAGAGGCCACUUCAGAUGCCGAGAACAAGAGACGGCACAGUCAUCUUACAGAGGGCGACCUGGCUAGAUUGUCACCUAUGUCUGCUUUUGGCUUGCGCAACCGCUACCUCUCCAAAUUGGGAACACAGCUGCCAGGACACUAUUCCAGCCAUCUGUCAUCGCUUGCCCACAGGAGCGUUCUGAAGUGAUGCCCUUCAUUCGGCCGUCUGCACACCUCUGGCACUUUCGCGAUGUGACAAGUAUGCAACGACAAUAAGAAAUAUGCGAAAGCCUGUGUUUACCAUCUUUUGAACUUGUAGACAUCACGUUUUUACCCUCAAGCCCUUUUCAGCCUUCACACGGGUGAAUAUUAUUCUGGCUUUGUGGACUUUUUUUUUUUUUCAUCUUGUUUGAUUUCAGUUGAUUUCCCUUUUUCCCCCUUCUUUCUUUUAAAUUUGUAUUACACUGGCAGUGCAAUCCAACGAAACAAAUAUCUUCUUAGAGGCGGGUAUACUACAUUAAAAAGGGAUCCAACUUCUUCAAAUUUCAAUGCUGGCACUGUUUUAUUAUUUUUUUGGUGUAGCAAUUAAUCAAAAACUAAUCGAUUAUCAAAUUAAUUGAGCUACUAUUUUUCUAAUCAAGACUUUUUUUUUUUUUUUUUUUUUUAAUUUUUUCAAAAUCCUCAGAAUUUUAGCCUCAACAAUAAAUAUUUUAUGAUUUCUGUAUCCCUUCAUGAAAUACUGAUUGCGUUUAAUAGGAAAAGCGGCAUGGAAAAUGAAUGAAUGAAUAAAAAAAAAAAAACAUUAUACUUAUACAAUAAUACAACAUGUGGUUUUAUUACGGAAAAGGGAACUUUCGGACAUGUUACAGAAUGAACCAGAAAAUUUAUCUAAUCAGUUUUGUUAGUGCAUUUUCAGCACUGUCAAUGUGAAAUUAUGUUCUGUUCUCUAAUAAAGACAAGGAAUUAAGGAGUGUUCUGAUUCAUUGGUUAAUAAUAAUUAAAAAAAAAAAAAAAAAAGGACAGAUAAUCAAUAAUUACAAUAAUAUUUAGUUGCAGGCCUAGUUUAUUUUACACCACAGUCUUGUGAAGUGUCCAAGCACUUGCCACUACUUAGCACACAUUUGCCACAUUUACAGUCCCUGCACUGGUUUUAUAGGUUGCGUUAAAUUACUUAAGUCCUAUGUGCUAAAUUUAAUGAAUUAGACCUGUUGAAUAUUAAGUAAGACUGCUGAGAUAAAGAAUAAUUAAAACUAAGAGGGGAAAAAAACUUAUAAACACUCUCAGAUCUGUUAUUUUAUUCCUAUACUCAUCAGAAAUGGUGCACAGGAAGAAUCAAUUCCUCUUCCUUAAGAAGUGAUCUACUCUAAUGUAACCCUCAAGAUUAAGUAAUGAACAUUUGCACUGAAAGUUUAAUCAACUUUGUUACUUUUACUUCCUGAAAUAUUCCUUGUCUUUCCCAAGGCCCAAAACUUAAAGUAAAGUAUUACAUCUUUUUAAGAGCCAUGUAAAAGUACAUAAAAGCUGCACUUUUAAGGAAACCUACAAAGUUGCAAUUGGAUCAUGGUCAUUUGUCUUUCCUCUAAAAAAUGUUAGUGCUGCUUCAGAAUCGUUACAGGUGUAUGGGCUUGUUUUAUGCCACUAUUAAAGAUGUUGUCUUGACAAUUAAAAAAAAAAUUAUAAGUGGUACCUGUCCACGUGAUUACCCAAGAAUAAAUGCAUUGACAGGUAAAUUAUGGAGGCAAUAUGUUAUGUUUGAGUGAGAGUGAUAAUGUGCCAAUAAUCUCCCCAGUGCUGAAUCCUGUCCCUGUAAAAGUCAAGCAUCAACUUUUUGUUUUUCAAUUACUUCGCCAAAUAACCCCCCCACACCCCCGACUCCAAAGAAAAUGGAAAAAAGAGAAGCCACAGUAUGAAUGUUUUCCGUUUUUGAUGCACUAACAUUACCGAUGGAGUUUAUUCAGAGCCAGGAAGUGAGGACUCCCACUGCAGGAGGGGCUGUCUCAUUUAUCGGAUCUACCAAUCACUUUGUAUGGUUCCUGUGAACUCCCGAAAAUGCCCCAAAAGACAGCCCAGAACCAGGACCUAAAAGGUUCUCGGCGCUACCAGAUCUUUUAUUGUGGGGCCAUGCAAUUUGCGAGGUUCUAGCAGCUAAACCGUCUUCUUAGGGUUUCUGGCUUUCUGCAGCGGGAAUGGGGUAACUGAUACGUCGCGGAGAUGGAGACUACAAAAGUUCUUCAAUGACUCCAAGCUUUGCUAUUUCACAAUUAUGCAAAAAAAAAAAAAUUCAGUCACUUCACACUGUUCCAAAUUCCGAUGCGUGUUUCAGACCAGAGGCAAGAUUUCGCUAGCACUUCAUGGUUGCUUAGAUUGUAGUGGUAUUUACAAAGUCACCUGAGGAACUAUAGUUACGAUUAUGAUUAGGAGUGGGAAGCUCUUGGUACCUCACGAUACGAUACGGUUUGCGAUACAAAGCUCACGAUAACGAUAUGGCGAUACAACGAUUAUCGAUACGUUGGUCAGGAAAUCAUUCUAUGAUAUUCUGCAAACUACUAAUAAACAGAAAUACAAGCUUCUGCUGUGAAUUAGAAUGUGUUUAUCACUUGUAGACGACCAGUCCAUUUGAACUGGGAGGGUGGCAGCGAAUGAACAAACGUUCAUUCGCUGCCAUCCCUCCCACUUCAAACGGAUUUAACGUCUAUGGCCGUCAUUGGCAGCCAAUGCCAGGCAAUGAGGUAAUUUUGGGCCAUUUAAGGUCAUUUACCGGUUGAUUUUCAGUUACUUCCUGUUGAUUUUGGGGUAUUUAAUGGGUCACCUCCUGUUUAUUUUGAGUUAUAGAACAGGAAGUGACCUGGGAAUGGUAAAUGGUGUUAUACUUGUAUAGCGCUUUUCCACCUUUCAAGGCGCUCAAAGCACUUUACACUACAUCGCCAUCCACCUAUUGGUGACGCAGCACCAGGAGCAAUGUGGAAUUCAGUAUCUUGCUCAAGGAUACUUAGGCGAAUUCAUCAGGGCAGAGAAUUUAACCCAACACCUCUGGAUUGGGGGACAACUACUCUACCACUGAGCCAAACCAUCCCCCGAAUCACUCGAAUCAAUAGGCAGUGACUCAAACUCAACAGGAAAUGACCUGUAAAUGCCCCAAAAUGUACAGCAAGUGACUGUAAAUGCCCUGAAAAUCGGACAAUAACUGUAAAUGCUCUUGUUUCGAAUGAACAAACGUUCCCACUCUAAAUGAUUGGGCGUCGAGCACCAUCAAUGCAGCCUUCUAGUUAACUGAGACACUAUUAUGGUGGAAGAUUUUGGUAGCAACUUGUUGGUUCCCUUUGUUUUUUUUUUUUAAAACACUGACACCUUUUCAAAACGAUAUCUCGAUUCUUGGCAGGAGCAUAUUGAUAACCUUUUGGGAUACAAAGUAUCAAGAUAUAUCACCAUUUCGAUAUAUUGUCACACCCCUAAUUAUGAUGUCCCUGGGGGGGAAUGUUUGUGGCUCAGGAAAAAACAUGAUGUUCGUUUUUACCCGCGUCCAUGGGGGUUUACUUGCGUGUAACGUUCCUGCUGGAAUAUCAAUAAAGCAUUGCAGUUUGGCUCCUUAUUUUGACACAGCACCUUAGACUCCCGUCCUUACUCCGUGCUACAGUAAUGACCCCGACGUCUGUCUUGCUUUUGGAGACUGUGUUUUAUAUCGACUCGAACGACAUGCCAAACGCAACUGUUCUGAUUGCUGGAGUUUUGGGAGUCUGCAGCGGCCCCGUGAUUCGCGCAAGUGAAGGCUUAGUUUGCCCUCAGUGGUAUUACCACGUCGUGCCUGCGCUUGGAGAGUGCUACUGUGGCGAGGGCGGUCAGGUACAUUACCGCGCUGCCAGAGCUGAAUAAGUAUGCUGGGCUUAGGACGUAUCUCCUCAAGACCAUCGGAUUAUCACGAUCCGAGCGGGCUCGACGCCUCCUGGCUAUUGAAGGCUUUGGGGACCGUAAACCGUAAAACACAUGGAGAUGAUGCUGAACCUACUCUGUACUGAGGAGCCGAAUUUGCUGUUCAUUGAACUUUUUCUGCAUCACAUGCCGCCGCACGUUCAAACUCCGCUUGCAAGUAGUACUAUUACGGAGCCAUGUGCCCUGGCAGAGGAAGCUGACUGGUUCUUUCUGGCCACCCACCGUUACGUACACAAAGUGUUGGCCCCGAAGUGCACUUACUCUACUUCAGCUGCUGUACCUCCACCGAGUAAGUCACGUGUUGUAUUGGACGUUCAUG